GGCCUGUGGGCUUUACGUUAAUUGGGCCGACCAACAACUAAUCGAAGUGUUAUCGAAAACACUCCCGACCUUUUUCAGCACCGUCGCUAACGCCGCCUGUAGUCCGUCGUCGUCAUCACAUAAAGCUUCUUCGACGAUCGUUGCGCUUCACUUACUCGAUUAAUUCCUCACAGUCACAGGAUUCUCAUCUGAGAAGCUAUGGGUUGGAAAGCUGCUGAGAAACUCAUCAGACAUUGGAAGAUACUUCGUGGAGAUAAUGUAAUGAUAAUCCGCGGGAAAGAUAAGGGUGAGACUGGAACCAUUAAGCGUGUCAUCAGAUCCCAGAACCGCGUCAUUGUUGAAGGAAAGAAUCUGAUCAAGAAGCAUAUAAAGGGAGGCCCUGAUCAUGAAGGAGGGAUUUUCACGGUAGAGGCUCCUCUUCACGCCUCAAAUGUCCAAGUUGUUGAUCCCGUCACUGGGAGGCCUUGUAAGGUUGGUGUAAAGUACCUAGAGGAUGGAACCAAAGUAAGAGUUGCCAGAGGCACAGGCACCUCUGGUUCCAUAAUCCCUCGUCCAGAGAUUCUGAAGAUAAGGACUACACCAAGACCCACUACUGCUGGACCUAAGGACACGCCAAUGGAGUUUGUUUGGGAGCAGACAUAUUAUGCUAAAACAGGAAAGGGCAUGCCUGAUCUUUGAGUCACCUACCUUCUUUUACUGUUUCCGUUCCGAAAGAUGUUGCUGCUCCCAAAAAGAUUAUUUUGCCCCAUCCAUUAAUGUUUGUUUAGGUUCAAGAUCUGUGAGAUGGGGUUAUGUUGAAGAAGCUGAUGAAGUUUUAUUCUUGUUUCGUUACAACUCUUGCGAACUUUUCAAGGUGCAAAAUAAAAACAUUGGGAGAAAGAUUCACAGUACAAUAAUAUUCAGCAUUCCCUGUUA